GGCGGUUGUCAGCCAGACAAAGACAGUCAGUCUGAUGUGAUUGAGACAACGGAGGUUUUCAGGGGGAGACUGGGAGAUAGGGGCCUCCCCUCCCCCUUCUCCUCUUCCUGCGCCGGCCUCAACCCCUCCCCAGUCCCCUCCCGACUGGCGCCCCACGCGGAAGACACCCCUCCCCCUCCCGCUUUCCCCUCCUCCCUGCCUCAGCCCUUCGUACUGGGACGUUGGGGAGGGGGCUGUGCCGGGCGGAGAGAACUCAGCAAGGAUUCUGAGAAUGGUUAAUAACGCUGAUCAUCUCUAGGAAGGAUAUUGAUUCACCUCAUGUAAAGUAUGCUCAGUUCCUUUCCAGUGGUUUUGCUGGAAACCAUGUCUCACUAUACAGAUGAACCCAGAUUUACCAUAGAGCAGAUAGAUCUCCUUCAGCGCCUUCGGCGUACUGGAAUGACUAAACAUGAAAUUCUCCAUGCCUUGGAAACUUUGGACCGUCUUGAUCAAGAGCAUAGUGACAAGUUUGGAAGAAGGUCCAGCUAUGGAGGAAGUUCUUAUGGAAAUAGUACCAACAAUGUUCCAGCAUCUUCCUCUACAGCUACAGCUUCCACACAGACCCAGCAUUCUGGAAUGUCCCCAUCUCCUAGCAACAGUUAUGAUACCUCCCCACAGCCUUGCACUACCAAUCAAAAUGGGAGGGAGAAUAAUGAGCGAUUAUCCACGUCCAAUGGAAAGAUGUCACCCACUCGCUACCAUGCAAACAGCAUGGGUCAGAGGUCUUACAGUUUUGAAGCCUCAGAAGAGGACCUAGAUGUAGAUGAUAAAGUGGAGGAAUUAAUGAGGAGGGACAGCAGUGUGAUAAAAGAGGAAAUCAAAGCCUUUCUUGCCAAUCGGAGGAUUUCCCAAGCAGUUGUUGCACAGGUAACAGGUAUCAGUCAGAGCCGGAUCUCUCACUGGCUGUUGCAGCAGGGAUCAGACCUGAGUGAACAGAAGAAAAGAGCAUUUUACCGAUGGUAUCAACUUGAGAAGACAAACCCUGGGGCUACACUAAGUAUGAGACCAGCCCCCAUUCCAAUAGAGGACCCAGAGUGGAGACAAACACCUCCCCCGGUCUCUGCCACAUCUGGCACCUUCCGACUACGGCGAGGGAGUCGAUUUACCUGGAGAAAGGAGUGCCUGGCUGUCAUGGAAAGUUACUUCAAUGAGAAUCAAUACCCAGAUGAAGCUAAGAGAGAAGAAAUUGCCAAUGCUUGCAAUGCAGUUAUACAGAAGCCAGGCAAAAAACUGUCUGAUCUGGAACGAGUUACCUCCCUGAAAGUAUAUAAUUGGUUUGCUAACAGACGGAAGGAGAUCAAGAGGAGAGCCAAUAUUGAAGCAGCAAUCCUGGAGAGUCAUGGGAUAGAUGUACAGAGUCCAGGAGGCCAUUCCAACAGUGAUGAUGUUGACGGAAAUGACUACUCAGAGCAGGAUACUUGGCAAGUACGCAAUGGGGAGGAGGAGGAGGGAAGAAGUUCAGAGGGAGGCAGAGAAGCAGAGAAGGAUGACAGCACUAGCCAUAGUGACCACCAAGACCCCAUCUCAUUAGCUGUGGAAAUGGCAGCAGUCAACCACACUAUCUUGGCAUUGGCCCGACAAGGAGCCAACGAAAUCAAGACAGAGGCCCUGGAUGACGACUGAUCAGGGAGGGUUGAACAGGAGAAGUUAACUUAGUUUAGACGUAGCACCUUAGCAGACUUUCCUCGGUCCUUAACAUGUGUUCUUACAGUAUAACUUGCAGUUUCUUGUAUGUCAGUUAGCCGUUAGGGUCUUGUUCUGUGAAGAUGGCAUGGUGCCCUCAGCCUUUGCAUAUACUCUCUCAGUAUUAAUUCCCAGUAAAUAAUAACCAACCAACCAACCAAACUCCCUCUCCCAGCCCCCGAGGCUAGAAAAUCUUGCUGCUCUGUCUUAGCAUUCCACGAAAGUGCUUCCAGGUAUUUAGAUAGCCCUCAGUUCUCCAAUAUUAGGCUACAUGUAAAACCUUGGGUACCUUUAGAUUCCUGUAACACUAGUCUGUACCCUUUUCCUUCCCCAAGACUGAUAGGAUGCAAGCUGAGGUAGUGUGGCCCAGGAUUGACAGACACCAUUUGGGGAGUAUCCGCAGAGUAAAAGGAACACUAGAAUUCCCACUCAGCGUGGGAAUCAUUGAUUUCCAGCUGCAAUAA